UAGGUGUCGCUGUUGGCCACGUCUGCAUCAGCGACGCGAGUCUGUGCGCAGGCAGAGGAGGCUGCGUCUCAAGGCCAUUUUCAAAUCUCAUUGGUGCGCACGUCAUGUGGUCUGGAGGCAUCCUGACUUCUGCGGAGAUUGUUUUUCCGUAGAUAUGUCAGCUUACAAAGGACAUCUCUCUCCUCCAUAGCAUCCCCCCAAAAAAUGUCCUUUCCCAGCAGCUCUCCCGCGGCCAACACAUUUUUAGUGGACUCUCUGAUUGGCGCGUGCAGGACGGACAGUUUUUACUCAAACAGCAGCAUGUACGUGCCAUCCGGAUCAGAAAUGGGAACUUAUGGAAUGCAAACCUGUGGACUCCUGCCGUCUUUCGGCAAAAGAGCCGCGGAGGUAAACCACCAAAACGUGGGCAUGAACGUGCACUCGUACGUCCCUCAAAUAGACACAUGGACCGAACCGAACCGACCCUGCAGAAUAGAGCAGAUGUCAAACUGUACAUUUUCACAGAGCAUAAAGGAAGAGAGUAACUGCUGCAUGUACUCCGACAAAAAAGACACCUAUCCAAACGUCAUCCCUGAGGUCGGUUCGGCGGAUGGUUCCGAGAUCCCGGUGCCGGGAUAUUUCAGACUGAGCCAAACUUACGCUAAGCAUCAGGAAAACUACAGCCAAGAGCCGCCGAGCCCGAACGCCACCCUCCUGCAGCUCAGCCGGGUCACCCCGAACCUUAACUUUGCAGAGAAGAAAUCCGAGGACGUCCCGCAGAACCCGGAAAUCUCAAGGACACCGGCGCCCGCAGAAAGCCCGGAGCCCAAAUCUGGCUCGGAGGAGAAACUGUGCUCCACGGAAGCGUCGGUAUCCAGUCCAGAGCAGCUUCAGAGGGAAGCCAAAGAAGAUUGUAAGAGCGACGCGCCGACGAGCAACUGGUUGACGGCGAAGAGCGGCCGGAAGAAGAGAUGCCCCUACACCAAACACCAGACCUUGGAGUUGGAGAAGGAGUUCCUCUUCAAUAUGUAUUUGACCCGAGAGCGCCGCCUAGAGAUCAGCAGGAGCGUCGACCUGACCGACAGGCAGGUCAAGAUCUGGUUUCAGAACCGCAGGAUGAAGCUGAAGAAGAUGAACCGAGAAAACCGCAUCCGUGAACUCACCUCCAACCUGACUUUCUCCUGAGGGUUUUUUUUUGUUUUGUUUUUUUUUUUUUUUUGGGACUUUGCUCUCCAAGCUGUGACUGAUUUCACUUCUCUCUGUGGCUCGUGUUUGAUUUCAGCACAGGGUAACACGUUGGUCUUAAAUUAUUGAACUAGUCUAUUUUUGUUUCCUCUGCCAGUUGUGUUUUAUUGCGUUUGAAGAUGGGACGUGUUGCUCUAGUUUGAAUUUAUUGUCGUAUCGUGAAAAA